AUGGACGACGGAUUAACGAACGCGUCGCGUGCGAUCGCAGCACAGAACGGCGUGGGCGCAAAAGGUAACCACGACGAUGGCGAUACGGAUGAUGUGAUUGUAACGGUGGACCCUCUCCGCGUGAAGCGCGUGCGGCAGAUGGACGUCACCGGCAGCGAGGACCACGUGCUGUACGUGCCACGUCACCCUCUUCCCCUCUCCCCUUCCCUUCCCCUCCCCUUCCCCCACACCACGUGCUGUACCGAACCCCUCGAGGGUGAGCGCAUGCUGGCGCUUCUGGCGCAGCUGGACGGUGCGCGCGCGCGCGCAGCACAGAGGAAGGGCGCGCGGGGGGGGAAGGGGGGACGGAAACGGCGGGACAGGGGGGAGGCGGAUGGGGAUGGUGGCGGGGACGAGAACGAGCGGGAGAAGGGGAGGAAAGGGGAGGGAGGGGGCGGGGAGGACUUGAAAGGAGGUGGGGGAAAGUCAGCAGGCGCAGGGGGGGUUGGGGGGAAGGCAGUGGCGGAGGCACACGGGGAGUGGGCGUGGCAGGGGGUGAUGUCACAGCUGACGUCAGCGCAGGAGGAGCUGAGGGUAAUAGUGGAUCUGGUGAAUGCGGUGGAGAGCGGUGCAGAGGGGCUGGCUGUGAGUGGCGUGUCGAAGCCGAAGCAGCAUGCAGCAGAGAUGAGCUCUGAGCUCACUGCCCGACUGGCAGGCAAACUCACGCUGUUGCAGGUGGGUUCAGUGCGGUUCUGUGUGGUGGGGCUUGAGUCAGUGUG